AUGAACCCCCGCCCCAUUGACCAGACUCCCUCACGGCUCCAGUCGCCUCUGCGUGCCCGCCAGAAACGCAGCCAAGUUUCGAGGGCAUGCGAUUGGUGCCGCCAACGAAGAAUCAAGUGCGACAGCUAUUCCCCCUGCACCAACUGCAAAGCGAGAGGUGGCAACUGUACAAAGGACGCCGCAGAGAUCACAUCCCUCCCGCGCGCUUACCGAGAGAUCGAAGCCCUGAGACGCCAAGUCGAAGACCUCCAGGGCGAACUGCGGAAACAAAGGGCUGAAAGGGAAAAUGAUGUGUCUUCGCUUUCAAUCAAUAUAUCCACUCCCGAAUUAUCCGUCUCUGAAAGCAUAUGCUCUGAACAGGAUGAGGCAAGAAAAACGGUUUGGGAAGGCAUCCAUCUCAGGACUGCACGCUCCGCCAAUGAAACAUGGUAUGGACCGUCGUCACUCUUCUCUUUCAUGGGGCGCAUCGCCAAUUUCUUGAGCCUUAAUUUUGAACAGGCCCAUUCACAUGACCAAAUGCUGCCUGAUUCAGUAAGCAGGCGGCUUUCUGGGCCGCUGCUAGGCCCUGAACACGACUCCAGCCGUAACCAUUCGGAAUCUCAAACGAAGAACACAGUCGCAACUGGUGCAUAUUUAACUCCGACACAAGAAGAAUACUUUCUUGAUCUAUAUUGGAACGCUUACCACACGUCGCUGUUCCCUAUUCUCGAUGAGAGCGAGUUUAAGCAGCAUUAUCGGUCAUUAUGGACAGCCUCAGGGAAUACUCGCAGUGAUUCAGCUCUUGUUGAUAUUGUGGUUGCCCUUGGCAUGCAGUACGGAAUUUCCAUGCUCCCUACUAUGAGGCAACAGCUCGUCGUGGAUGAUAACGACGCCACUAUCGCUGGUCGGUGGUAUUACCGAAGGUGUCAGACUCUCCUUGCCUACGAGUUGGAAAGUCCUACUUUAGCAACCUUACAAUGCCACUUACUUUCCACGGUAUACCUAUGCUGUGGGUCUUUUCAAAACAUGGCUGAUAGCACCUGUGCGAUGGCUGUCCGUGCAGCUCACAUGCUUGGUCUCCAUUUAGAACCCCCGCAAAGCAUGCCUCGGAGAGACCGAGAGAUUCGCAAGCGCGUCUGGUGGGCACUCUGUUCUUUAGACAGCAAAAUCGGCAUGAAGCUUGGACGCCCAUUUCUGCUCCACCAAUCUAAUACGACACCAACUUUACCGGGCGACGACGUUGAGGUCGCCAUGCUGUCAGGAUCUAGCUUUGCCCCUCUUGGAGACAACGCUACCUGGCUUAGUUUCAAUCUGCAAAAUACGAAAUUAUUUUUAGCUGCUCGGGCGGCUUACACGGCUUUCUUUGACCGAGACUUACCUUUACAGAACGGGCAGACUAUGUGGGAUGACUUCAAAGUCCUGGAAAACCAAGCGCAAUUUCUUCAACCAUUUGUCGAGAGACUUGAACAAUGGACAGAAGGCGUACCUAGUACACUCACAACAAGACGUAAGGACGGUGGCCGGCCAUUUGCCAACGACGGCACGGCCCUGGAAAUUGAACAGUUUGCGCCUCUCUGGCUGCAAAGACAACGCAUCAUACUUGAGUUGAUGUAUCACAACCUAAAUGCCAACAUACUCCGCCCUUUUAUCUCGUUUGUCCCUACUCCGUCGUCUACGCUCGCAGAAGAGAUGGCCUUCAGAUGCGCUCGUCAUGCUAUAGCUCUGACCAACAUUACACACCAGGCCCUGUCAUCAACAACGAUUCUAUCAGGCUGGCAUGAAGCCUUCCAAUGGCAAUGGAACUCGGCAAUGACUCUUGUUGGCUUUGUACUGGCGUACCCUCAGAGCCCAUUUACCGCUGCUUCCCGGAGCGCCAUCGCGCUCUCAGUGUCUGUUUUUGAUAUUUUCGGUAAUAGCUUUGCAGUUGCCGGCAGUGCAGCUAACAUUGUACGGAAUCUGAUCACAAAGAUCGACUUUCUCGCUAAACGUGCUUGGCACAACCAGUAUGUCUCCAACACCAAGGAGGCCUCCAAUCAAGAGAUGGUGCCCCCCAGCAUUACGGAAUUGCACGCAGAGCCGUUAAUGAAUAACGGCUCUACGGUUUUUCACACAGGGGAUGCUGGGACCCUGGAAUUCAAUGACCUGACUAUGGAGUCGAUGCAGGACGUGCUUCAUAUGGCAUUUGAUAUUGACCAGUGGAGCGAUCUCAGCGGGCUUUGGCCAGGAGUAGGCGCCGGUGGAAAUACUGUGCGGGAUUGA